AUGGUUUACGGAGAUUGGCAACGACCCAUCCAGCGGUCCUUUUGUACGACGCUUCGAGACGAGACCCACUGGAAAUGCCUGAUUCUCUCCAUGCUGAUGUACGGCAGCCUGACGGUCAUUCUCUGGUGUGAAUUGACCACUGUGGAAGUGAUAGCCUAUACCUACCGUGGCAGCCCAGUCCCUAUGCAAGACAGCCCGUGCGAGGAUGGCUACAUGUACAUCCCCGUUGCCUUCUUGGUUCUGCUCUAUCUUGUCUACCUCCUGGAGUGCUGGUACAGCGAGAUACGUAUCGAGAUCUACUACAAGGAAGACACCCGGACGGUGUACGACCGAGUCCGCAGGAUACGGGAGUCUUACCCUGUGGUGUGGUGGAGGGCGAUUUCGUACCACUACAACAGACACACCCGACAGGUUACCCGAUAUCGUCACGGGGAUACCUACACCACCACCCAGGAAUACUUCGAGAGGAUCAACACGCAUUCCGCGGCCAGUGCGUUUGAUUUCACCGAGUGCGGCGUCAAGGAUGUCUCCAAGCAUCUCAUGGACCUGGAGGAGUUCCCCAUCACCCGAGUCAGCUUCAGCAAGAACUUCAUGUUCCUGAAUGAGGAGUCUGAGUACGACUACCUGUCGCAGAGGGCGCGGUUCUUCGGGGAGAGCGACGGCCGAGACGAGAACAUGGAGACCCGAGAGGGUCUGACACUGACGGACGUUGAGUUCACCGACGACAUGAUAUCCUAUGCCUACUCAUCAGAUAAGCUUCCUUGGUAUUUUUCCAUGUCCGUCUUUUGGGCCAUGUCUUUCAUUCUGCUCUCCUGGCCGUACAGGCUCCUAGUGUCUUACAAAACAGCCGUGGUGGACUACCAGAUUGAGAAGCUGUUUGGGACCAACUACUCCAACGGCAUGCUGUCCAUGGAACACUGGAACGGAGAGACUAUGCAUCUAACACGGGUAAACAACGUUGGAAGCAGCAACAGCUUAGAGUCUAUGAUACGAGGCAAUCGUCAUGUCGUACCUAGCUACUCAGAGGCGGUACUCAUGGACCUGGCUAAUGGGAACAUGCCCAGGGCGGGUCAGACUCCAAAUGGUACGACACCCUUGGCAGCUUCGAGAACGAGGAGCGUCGCUGGAAGCGAUGGUUUCCUAGCCAACGGAGUGAAUGGUAGAGUUAACAAUACCAGUGGAUCAAGGAGGGGUAAUGUCCGACGACUGUUUUCGUUCACCAAUGCUAAGAGAUCGGCCACGGCACCUCUUCACGGCAGUGGUGUUCUAAACGGUCGUUGCAGCCCCUCGCGUCGUGCCAUUGGCGCCUCGGCUCACUUCUUGAUAACUAAAGACCGCUUGAAAGGGACACCAAACAGCCGUGGUUCCCCAAUAAGCAUCCAGCUCACACCCACCAUCAAUGGAUUUGGUGGUAUACACCUAAACGGGACGAUCAUAACGCCCAAAACGCCCAUCCCGGGCCGCGUGAAAGCCGAGCAAGUGAGCAGAACCGCCAACGGAACCAACUUGUCCCCCGGACAAGAGACCAUCAUGGCCGGUAAAGCCGGCAAAACUUCUUCCACUGAAAUCCAGACUCGCAAGACGAAGAAACGACCGACCUCUUUGCCGCUGUGUUUAAGCAACACGGAUACCACAACUGAAAGCCGUGCCAAUCAGCCGUGCAUACCAUCUUGGGUUGUUGUGGACGGUCAGCAUGGAGUACGGACCGUCAUUCAACAACCUGAGAGCACUCAGGCAACCGAGCGGAACCGGCCAGAAGCCCGUCAGCAAGCUGCGGUGCCUGAGGAACCACCUCCAGCAUACGAAGUGGCAUUGGAGAUGGAGGUACCGCAACCAGGCGAAAGUCAUCAACGGGCGACAGAGCCGGAGAACCAGGCACAGCAGUCCAGCGUCAACAUGGAGACUUCACUCUGACAAACUUGGAUUAUUUCGGCCUAUUGAUAAACUAUUCAAGCAAAACACGUUUAUUUUGGACGUUCUGAAUGUGCUUCCUUUGAAACAAAAAUUGAAAUCUCUUUGGACAAUAUUACGACGCAUUAUCUCUUUUUUUCUGUGAAUUAACAAAGCAGACAUCCUACUACGCAACUUGAAUAUGAUCGCAUUAUGUGAAUUUACGGAACUACGGAGGAACCAUGUCAUAUCGAAGACGCUUCUCCCGAGGGCCCAUAUCAUUGUGAUCAUUGCUAAGGGAAUGCACAUAUUAACAAGGUUAUCAUUCAAGAUAUACUGUCAUGUGUCAAACUCUGAGAUGUUGAUGAAGUGUCCGUCUGCUCGAUACAAACACAAUGACAGAGCAGCAUUGUCAAGAACGUUUUUAGUCUAAAUAUCAAUUUUAUUACGUAGACGAAAAUGCUGAGCGCCAAAAAUACUGGAAACAGAAAGUAAGGAAAACAUUCUAAACGUUGAUAAUGAUAAAAACUGAACAAUUCUUGCUCAUGCUCAUUAAUACAAUAUCCAUUUAUACAAAAUCGGCACUGGUUUCACUAUGUCAAAAACCUGUUUGGAAGUAUUCUGUCAGUGAUAGCUUCUGUAAAUACAUUUCACACCAAAAGAGCGUUAUAUAACAAAUACGAAUCUGAACAAUCUAACUUUUAUACGUGUUGAAUUUUAAUUUCAUCGGAGUAUGAAUGUAGCCACUCACCGUACGCUAAACACAUUCAAUAUAACACCAAGUUGAUAUAUAUCGUGUAUAGCACAGACUUUAAUAUAAUUGUCAAAAUGUAUUUCUAACAAAAUCAUCCAAUUUGUAAAAAAAAAAAACAAGUUACCGUAGUCUUUCGUACUUAAAACAAAAUGCACGUUUAGUACUGUUGCGACAUUGAAUUAUAAAGUUGCUCUAUUCCCGUGCUCUUCGACUUAUUCGAUGCUUUCUUCCUAACGAAUUUUCAAUUUUGUAUGUUUUAUUUAAACAGAAAACGCAAUCUUUUUUUUCUAAAUAAGAUGUUACUUUGCAUGGUGGUAGUGUAAGCUAGUGAGCGUAACACCAUGUGGAAGAAUCACUGAUGAGAAGAUGUGUUUUUUUUGUCUCCUGAAGACGAUCAGAGAAUACUGAUCGGACCGUCGCGUUUCACAACCAACCGGUUCUUGUCAGAACCACACAUCUGUUCAAAACAGAUUCUUCCACAUGGUCUUACUGCAAACCCUCACCCGGUUACUGUUUUUCUAUUUUGGAGGUUUUCAACCCUUUGAAAAUACGUUUUUUAAAGGUUCUUUUGCGCCAAAACCUGACUAAAUCAACGAGAGCGGAUUUGUUGUAGUGGGGCAGAUAGGGGAAAUAUUUGGGGGAAUUGUGCCUUUGAUGAUACAAGCAUGGCAUUAGGCACGCAGUCAGAGUAUGGCUUAAGAAAGAUAUCUGGUUAUAUAGGGCCAUCACAGAUUUGUCCUUUGGAAAAAAAUAUGGGUAGAGUA